AUGAACCACCCGCAGGACGCCACCAACGUCGACUCCAAGGGCAUCGCCUUCACCAUCCGCUCCGUCUUCUUCAUCGACCCCAAGAAGACCAUCCGCACCAUCCUCUCCUACCCGGCCUCGACCGGCCGCAACGCCGCCGAGGUGCUUCGCAUCGUCGACUCGCUGCAGACGGGCGACAAGCACCGCGUCACCACCCCGAUCAACUGGGUGCCCGGCGACGACGUCAUCGUCGCGCCCCCCGUGUCCAACGAGGAGGCCGAGAAGCUCUUCCCCGGCUUCCGCAUCGUCAAGCCCUACCUCCGCUUCACCAGCCUGCCCAAGGCUUAG